CUCUUUCUGGCAGCUUAUCCUAUCCUACUGAGCACUGACCCGGCCGAUGCCCCCCUCCCCGGUUGAGACUUGAGAGUUGAGAGUUGAGAGUUGAGACUAGCGAGUUGAGAGAGAAGAGCCGGAGAGGCCAGGCCACUCCAGUGACUCCACCAGACAGCCGCAAUACACGUCGUGGGUUUUGCGGUCGCCCUUUCUUCUCUGUCAGCUAAUUCUAUCCUAUUCUUCCUGUGACGAUUGUUGUAUCCCUUCUCCUGCGAGAACCACGGCGAUGGCGCUUCUAACAUUGGGGCAGGGGCUCUUUCCUCUUCCUCCUACCGCUGCUGCUUCCUUCUCCGAUCAUCACCACGCCUCUCGCCUCUCCUUCUCCUUCUCUCGCUCCCACACCCUCUUCGCCGCUCCCCUCUCCGUCUCCCUCCGCGCCGCCCCUCGCCACCGCACCCUUCCCUCAACUUCCACCGGCGGCCUCGUUUACUGCGGCAGAGGUGAUAAGAAGACCGCCAAGGGAAAGCGAUUCAGGCAUUCCUUCGGAAACGCGAGACCCCGCGACAAGAAGAAGGGAAGAGGGCCCCCUCGCGCUCCGAUGCCUCCUUCGGCCCCCAGGAAGGACCGUUUCGAUGAUGGGGAGAUCGUCAAGAUCGAAAUCGACGAGUCCCUCUUCUCCUAGUUUCCAACCAAGUAUCGAUUACUCUCUCUCUCUCUCUCUCUCUCUCUCUCUCUCUCUCUCUCGGUCAUGAAAUCCCAGACUCUGAUUGAUUUGCUUAGCUCAGCUUUGGUUCUUCCUGCCUUUCCAGUCCUCUUAUGUAGUAAUUUACUUACCUGAGACUUCUGAGGAAAAAGAAGCACAAAACUAUCUGCUUCCCUUGUGAUAUCUUCAUUCUUGUUGGAGCUUUUGUCAAUGUAAGAGUCAUUAAUGUUCAUUUUCUGUAUUUGCUUUCCGAUGUGUGGAAAUAUUUUGCUCCAAACCAAAAUGCCUUCUAAUAGUUGUCAGGGUCUAGCGUGCGAUGGAUUUUGCUAAUAGUAUCUUUUCUAGUAGAAAAGUUGUUAGUGUUGCUUGUUUCUUA